UCAGCCGGGAAAGUCCGUCUUUUGACGUUUCAUUCUCGUGUGUUUACAUGUACUGUUGCUGCUUGUUUACAAUCUCCGGGAGUGAAAAGGAUUCAAUUUGUCGCGGUGAAUGAUGGUGAUGGCAAGUGAAGGGACGUGUGAUGCGCAGAUAUACUGGCGAGGCAUAUCGUAGAGCUCCAUGUGGCACUACAUCUUAUCACAAUCAUCGAUAACGACGCUGCCUUCUCCGGCCUCCACGUCAAUCAGUCCAGGAGACACUCGCCCACGCAAUUAUGCUGUUUAAGGCAAUACUAGUUUUCCUCUUUUACUUCCUGAACGCUGCAGAUGUCCUGCAGUGCGAGCGGAUUCUUGCCGUCUUCCCCAUUCCCAGCCAGGCGCACUUCAUUCUCGGCCACACACUCGUCCGGGCACUGGAAAGUCGUGGUCAUCAGAUUACCUUCCUGACGCCUUUCCGCUUGCGUGAGCAGCGCGACAAUGUCCAGGAGGUUUAUCUGCACGGUGCUAAGGAGUUCUUUUGGACAGAAGAGCGUCUUACGGAGAUGCACGAAUCCCUGUCCGUUCUCGAGGGCAUUACACAAGCCAUCUACGGAUCCGCUGAGUUUGCCAACUUCACUCUCAGUCACGCGGAAGUACAGAAAUUGAUACGCUCUGAGGCGUCCUUCGAUCUCCUGCUCGUGGAUUCUUACAUGAUGGAUGCACUUCUGGGCCUGGCGCACCAUUACAGAGUGCCUUCGGUCGUAAUCUCGGCCUCAGCCAGUAGCAAAUGGACUGACGAAAUGGUCGGCAAUCCACACAAUCCUGCUCACAACCCCAACAUUUUCUUAGCAUUGUCCAACAAAAUGUCGCUGCCCGAGCGAAUCGUGAACUCCCUGCUGGCCGUUUUCGUGGAGAUUAGUUACCAAUACAUGUACUUACCGGCUCAGGAGGUGCUCUAUCAGCGCUUCUUCGCUCCGCUGCAGUCUCGGGGCGACAAACUGCCUCCGCUUGAGGAGCUCAUCCACAACGUGAGCUGCAUCCUCGUGAAUUCUCACCCGGGCUUCCACUAUCCGCGCGCGCUGAUGCCCAGCGUCGUGGAGAUUGGUGGGAUUCACAUGCGGCCACCUAAGAAACUGCCUUUGGAUGUUGAGAACUUCUUUUCGCGGGCCAUCGGAGGAGUCGUUGUGCUCAGUUUGGGCGCCCACGUCAGAAGUGCAGACAUGCCGAAAGACAAGCGCGAUGCCUUCAAUCGGGUAUUCCAAGCUAUGCCGGAAGUUGGUAUUUUCUGGAAAUGGGAGGAAGCACAGAUGUCUGGUCAGGCGGAUAAUGUGAUAGUCGGGCCAUGGAUGCCUCAAAUGGACUUACUGUCGCAAGCCAAUACCAAGCUGUUUAUCACCAGCGGAGGAUUGCUGGGCAUUUACGAGGCUGUCCUCUCGGGAACACCCAUUCUGGGACUUCCGCUGCACGCUGAUCAGCACCACAACAUCCGCUUGGCGGUGGAGGCUGGUUUUGCGCGAUCUUUGAACUAUGACACUCUCACUGAAGAGUCUAUUCGGGAAGCUGUUGAGGACAUGCUCAAGAAUGACACAUACAGAUUGAAUGCGGAUCGCGUAGCGGGACUUCUGAGGGAAAAUCUGACGCCCAUCGACGAGAAAGCUGUGCAUAACAUUGAAAUGGUGCUGAGAACUCGUGGCGCCCGUCAUUUGCGACCCACAGCCCUCGACCUGGCCACUUGGCAGCUACACUUGGUGGACGUGACCCUGUGCAUCGCCGCUGGCUGCCUCCUCAUCCUCGCCAUUCCUGCAGCAAUUAUCGGAGUUGUUCUGCGGCGCAGCAACAAUGCCAGUAACUCUGUAGCAAAACCGAGAAAGACCUCCAAAGGCAAAAAGGAGAAGUAACUCCCAUUGGGUGGUUUUUUUGUGCCAUAAAACAGUGUCUUUUCAUACCUGAUUUUCAUUUGAAAUUUGUAUAAAAAUUAUCCCAAAGACACUAAAAAUUAGCUUGAGUGAAAUUUUUUCAUUGAUUGAGCAAAUAGGAUCUUUAAUGACUUGCUUGACAUUGUGAUUUUGGAACGAGAAAUCAAAAAGAAUUACCUUUGCUGUUUGGUUUUCUGCAAGAAUUGUAUAUAAACAUACUUUACAUGUGCUUUCAAGAGUCAGGUUUUGACUAUUUCAAGUUGUUGACAAUGAAAAAAAUUACAGGGUGUGGCAUAUCAUGCGAUAUCAAUUAAAUAUGAUAAGAUUGAAAGGCAAAAUUAAAGCAUUUUUUUCUCAAGCCAUAAGAAAAA